GCACACUGGGCAUGCACAUUUCUUACCUCCAGUCACUAGCAAGUCUCUAGGCGAACUUUAGUUCUGCUACAGACAACUUCAAACUCUGAUUCAUAUCUGAAUAUCUGAUUGAUUGUACCACGGUAGAUUUGUUUCACAGUUAAAUAUCACAAAUGAACAACCAGAAAGGAAAACCAGAAUUUAUGUACAUUCUCCCACAGAGUAAACUUGACAAACUUAUUCAGGCUAGGAAAGCCUUCCAAAACACUAUGUCUGAGACACUCAAACAGCUGAAUGCCGAAAUUUUAAUGUUAAGCACCAAGCAGGACCAAAUUAAGAUCCGAGCUGGAGAACUCACUGAUCAAUCAGCUUCAUACAAGGUGGAAAUGAGCAGCGCCACCAAAGAAAAAGGGGAUCAGACUUGUUCAGAUCAGGAAAAGACCAUAAACUUUGACCUUGAGAUGAACCGUCUUAAAGAGCAGCUUCAGCAGAGGGACAGUGAAAUCCUGAUCCUGAAACAGGAGAAGGACAGUCUGUCUGCUGAGCUCACGCAGCUUCAGAAACAUGAAGGAAAUCUGAAAGAAACUAUGUGGAAUGCUCUGUGGAAAGAACAAACACAGAGAGCGAAUCUGGAGCGGGAGAAAAAAGUCCUGGAAGAAGAAAAUAAGAAACUCCUGGAAGAGCAGAAAGUGGUGAACGACACAAAAGUAAAACUUAAAGAGGCCAUGUCAAAUUUUGAGGAUGCAAACAAAGCAUUUAAAAAAGAACAGAAAGAACUGGAGGAGGCCAUGAGUAAGGACUCUAAGAAGGACAAAGAAAGUCAGACAGAGACACAAUUACCAGAAAUGCAGACACAACUGGACGAGCAGAGAAAAGAAUUAGUGGAUGCUACGACAGAGACAGAGGAGACGGUAACCCCAGAGUUGUCCUCAUCGGAAAUCCUUGAGGUGCAUCAGAGCGCAGAGAAGAGCGAUCUCAAAACACCACCAACAGAUGACAGUGAAAACAGAGAAACUUCUACACAGGAUCAUCAGGAAGCAUCUGGGACAACACAGAAGAAAAUCUUCACAGCUGACAAACAAGACUUUGAUAAAAUAGAACCUUGUCCCCUGGAAAUGCCUGUGAAGCCAGCAGACUCUGGCUCAGAUUUAAGUCCUUCUGACAUCAGUCUGGUCAUUGGGGAUCAUUUUCUGAUUAGGGAAAAGUUGUGUGCCAAAAAAUUUGUUCACUUGGUGGUUUCACAGGCCACAGAAAAAGUCUCCUCUAAACACAAGUUCUUCACAAAGUACCUCACUCCUGACUCCAUCAGCGAUCACCUGAUUGAGAAAAUCUGGCCUGAAAUUGAGAAGAAACAUUUGGAUUUGUCCCCAAAACGGCUGAAAAAUCUAGACAAGGCCAUUCUCAAGGAUCUAUGCAAAGCACACAGCUGCAAGGACAAAUAUUUGAUUUUUAAUCUGAGGGAACAGUAUGAUGAUAUUACUGUCCCAACCUUCACCAAAAAGCUGCUGUCAUUACCAAGAAGAGUCCUCAGUGUCUCUAAAAACAGGGAAGAGUACAAGGAAGUGGUGAAAAAUGUCACUAAAGAUGUGGUAAUGCGUGCUAUGGCUGGAAUAAAUGAGGCGGCGACAUGGCAUCCAGAUACAGCUGAGUUUAUUAUACAGAGGCUUUCCCAUAUUAUCUGGAACAAAAUUUUGUCCAAAAACUACAAAAUGUCCUUAGAGAACAUUGAACAACUCGCCCUGACAGUAUACAACGAACUUAACAAAAAGUGGCCUUCUCCAAUAUUCUCAAUGAGGUUGAGCAGCCCAGUGACUGAUGAAAUAAUUGUCAAAACUUUCAAAAAACAUGCCAAAUUGAAGAGACAAAAUUUCAUCUAUAGGGCUUUCUCAUGUGCAUGUGCAUGCUUUAACUGAAACAUGCAUGUGCAAUUGUGUGACAAAACUCUUUGUUAAAAAUAAUUUAACAAAUAAAUUGUCGGGUGAUCGUGGCUCAAGAGUUGGGAGUCGCCUUGUAAUCAGAAGGUUGCCGGUUCGAGC